AUUACGUUAAUCCUACUCAUCCUUUUAGCUGUCAGCUGAUUGUCGAGUUGGAAGAAAAAGAAAACAUAGCCAUGGCGGCAGAGAUUCAUUCGAGGCCUCAAAGCUCAAGACCAGUUCUUCUAAAUAAGAUCGAAGGACAUUCUGACGCGGUCAAUGCUGCAGUUUUGAUACCGAAAGAGGACGGCGUGAUCACAGUUAGCGAGGACAGAACUAUCCGGGUAUGGCUGAAGAGAGACAGUGGACAGUACUGGCCCAGCAUCUACCACACGGUCUCCUCGCCGUGCUCCUGUAUGUCGUACCACCACGAUAGCAGGCGCAUCUUCAUAGGGCAGGACAACGGGGCCAUUGUGGAAUUCCUUCUGUCUGAAGAUUUCAACAAGAUGAACCACGUGAAGACGUAUCCUGCCCAUCAGAACCGUGUGUCAGACAUGGUGUUUUCUCUGGAGAGCGAGUGGGUGGUGAGCACCGGACACGACAAGAGUGUGAGCUGGAUGUGCACCCAGAGCGGCAGUAUGCUGGGGCGCCACUACUUCGACUCCUGGGCCUCCUGUCUACAGUAUGACAAUGACACCCAGCAUGUCUUUAUAGGGGACCACUCAGGACAGAUCACCCUGCUGAAACUGGAGAGACAGACCUACUCCACUGUGACCACACUGAAGGGCCACGAAGGUAGUAUUGGAGCUCUGUGGUGGGAUCCUGUUCAGAGGCUUUUGUUCUCAGGAGCGUCGGACCACAGUGUCAUCAUGUGGGACAUCGGGGGCCGCAAGGGACGAACACUACUGCUCCAGGGCCACCAUGAACGAGUGCAGGCGGUGCGCUACCUGCAGCUGACCAGACAGCUGGUGUCCUGUUCUGCAGAUGGAGGUGUCACAGUGUGGAACAUGGACACUCCCAGAGAAGAGGCUCCUCAGUGGUUGGACAGUGACUCGUGUCAGAAGUGUGAGCAGCCUUUCUUCUGGAAUGUCAAACAGAUGUGGGACUCAAAGACGAUUGGUCUUCGGCAGCACCACUGCAGAAAGUGUGGCAAGGCGGUGUGUGGGAAGUGUAGUUCCAAGCGCACUACAUACCCUGUGAUGGGCUUUGAGUUCCAGGUGCGCGUGUGUGACACCUGCUACGACACCGUCAAGGACGAGGAUCGCACUGCGUUAGCAACGUUCCAUGAGGGGAAGCACAACAUAGCCUUUAUGGACAUGGACCCUUCCAGAGGCCUGAUGGUGACCUGUGGCAGCGACCGUGUCAUCAAGAUAUGGGACAUGACGCAAGUGGUUGGCUGUAGCAUAGCAACAGGCUUUUCCCCACGUUGAUUAACCCCUGCCCCCGAUCGGCCCCCAAACUCUGUCCUCUGCACUACUGACAGGUGUCUCUGUCCUUGGGACCUCUGUUGCAAUGACAACUCCUCUGUCUCAUCCUUCUGGCUCCUCUUCUCUGUCUGGCUGUUUCUGUUCUCUCACGUCCCACUGAACAUUUGGUUGAAGAUACGUGUGUGCUGUGUAAAUGGGUGGGUACUGGUGUUGGUAACCCUUCGCUUGAUUUGGUGUCAGUUUUGUACGACAGAAGUCUCAAAUGUGUCUCAGGUCUAACUUCCAGUGUGUACCCAUUCAGUGGAGCUCCAAGCUGUGUGUGUGUGUGUGUGUGUGUGUGUGCACGCGUGGAAGGAGCAGUGUUGGUGUUUUGUGUUGACGUAUGUUAGACUUCUGUCAGGUUUCUUUGACAAAGUGGGUCACAUUCCUCUUGCACUGUAACAUUGGACUGCUAACACCAUCAUCCACAAUGCCCUGCCCAACAGACACACAGGGCUCUCCUAUUGGCUGGUGACUUCAACUUUCUACAUUUGAAAUAUUGCAAAUACUAACCAUUACGACACUGCUUUUAUAUAUGCAUAGUGUGUACAGUAUGAGAUGCAGUGUACUUACCUCUGUAUAUCCCUCAAUGAUCAUGAGGUCAGUUUCUCUCUUUCUCGCUAGUCCUUCUCUCUCCCCCUCUCUUGUUCUCUCUUCACUAGUUGGCCUUAAACUCACUUGUUUGUCUCGGAGGAGGAGAUGGAAGAGUCAUUAGCCGGCAUGGCUGUACGUGCCCGAUUGACGCUCGAGCCGUCGGCAUGACAACCCUUGCCGAGCCGUAGGCACAGCUGUUCUCCCCCAGACAUUGUCCAACUUCACCUCAGACACACCUAAAACAUAUUUUGUCAAUUUUCUGUAGAGAUAUCACUUCUAGUCCUGAUAACCAAGACCCCAUACUCUAUUGCCUUUGCGAUAAGUUAAGAUGAAUUUGUGUAUAAUGAAAAACGGUGUAAGGUUUUGAACAAGAGGUUUUUGUUCUGCUUUUGCUCUAUUUAGACAGGCACUUAGGUACUGAAAUGGUACUGUAUAAAAGUCAAUGUAGCACUAGUUCCCGUGCAUGCUGAUGUUUUACACUGUUUCUUCUCACUGUGAGUUUGUGGGUAAAAUUAGAAGCUGCUUGCAUUUCCUCUAAGGCCUUAAGAGAGCGGGACGCCCCAAACUUUCUUGAACCUUCAAACUGUUCACGACUCUUGUCAUAUGUACGCACAUACACACUCUGCUCUGUAGCAUAGCUGCAUUUUUCAUUUAACCGUCACCCAUGAAUACUUUCAACACUAUCGACUUGCUUCUAGUUUCUCUCACUCUCCCACUCUGUUUUGUUUCCAGAGCCCAAGAAGGUUCUCCACUGCACUGAAAUGCACUAAAUGUGGUUUAGAGAGCAGAUGUGCUGUGCAUUUAAAAAAUAAUAGUGUUUUUGUAAGUUUGCAUUUCGGGGGAUUUGCUUCGUUACGGCUCGAGUUACGUGGCGUCCUUAAACUGGUAAAUAUUUGGCUAAUUUGUGGUAGAUUAGACUAACGCUUGCCUUAAGGUAAAACUAAACAUGACAUGGGAGUUCCAACUUUUUUUUGUAAUCCCAUUCCAGGUUUGAUCACCUAGUGUAUAAUAUUUAUAUUUGUAGCAAUGUGUUUCUGGUUGUUUACGUCAUGUACACUUCAUGUAUAGGAUGAUGGUGGUGAGUUCACAGACAGGAUGAUGUCACUGAGAAAUCUGUCACAGAUAUGCUUACCAUGUCAUGUCAGAAACAUGACAGCUUUGGGAGAUAUGUUUAUGUCACAGAGGUGUUGACAUAAAGACAUCACAGAGAUACAGGGGUGUUGAUGUCAGAGGGACAUUGUGAGGUCAUAGAAGCGGCAGGUAUCCUAGCGGUUAAGAGCGUUGUGCCAGUAACUGAAAGGUCGCUGGUUCGAAUCCCCGAGUCGAUUAGGUGAAAAAUUGGUUGACGUGCCCUUUAGCAAGGCGCUUCACCCUAGUUGCUCUGGAUAAGAGCAUCUGCUAAAUGACUAAAAUGUCAAGUACAGUCAUCAGGGAUGUGCAGUGUUCUUGGGGACACUUAUACUACAGUACAAUCAAGACUCAAGUUCAGCUUUUAUUUAUUGUGUUAGAUCAAAAGAAAUCUCUGGUGCUCUGUAAACAUGACCCUAACCUUAACCCUCUGCGUUAUAAAGGAUACUUGGGACAGUUAACUGGAGUCCCAGUGAUUUCUGCUCCCAACUAGAUGAAUUCCAUUAUGAGGAGUAACCAAGAGCCAGUAACAUUUAGAAGCUAACAUUUGUGAUUCCCUCCACAUAUUGUUCCCACCACAUUUGUGAUCAAUACUAUUCUCUAGGUAUGUUGGUUUGUAAUGAAGUAUAAGUCUGUUUGAUGGGUCAAUCCCAUGAAGAAGAAUUUAUAUACUUUUUACAUGAUUAGAUUAGUUUUCAUCAUAUGGUGGUCAUACAUGUAAUUUGACUAAACCCCAUCCACAUUUUCACACAGGUAUAAAAUUGUAAUAUCUCAAACUGGAGCCGUAUCUAGCAGAGCAGACUACUGGGAGGAGCUGUAGGAGCAUAUAGGCUCAUGGCAUUUAUGGAAUGGAGUCAAAUGUGGUUUCCAUUUGUUUGAUGUGUUUAAAACCGUUUCAAUUAUACCAUUUCAGCCAUGACAUUGGACCUGUCCUCCUAUAGCCCCUCCCACCAGCCUCCUCUGAAUUCUACAGUUUACGUUCUCUAUUACUCUUUAACCUCUGUCAUUUUAUCAUGUCAUACUGCUCGUAAAUAAUCUUGUUUUUCCGACCAUUGUUGUAUAUCUUUAAUUGUAUUUUUAAAGAGAAAGUCUUGAUAAUAUUGACAGUACUGACUAGUCUCCCUGUGGCACUCUGUCACGGUGAAGAAAGAAAUGCAAUCUUAAUAAAGAAAUCCAUUCAGACCUGUUAA